AUGGUCUGCUUCCAUCCGAUUAUACUCCUGGCGCAAAUUACUGAUGGUCAAAUAACAAGUGUUACUGUAGAAUUGAUCGAAGGCGGCGUAACUAUUCAUUCUCGUACAAUAACCCAAGAAGAGUACCAACGAGCAAAUGUUUCUUCAUCAGUUCAGAAAUUGGCAUGGGAUGAUUUCUUACAAGUCUUGCAAGUAUUCAUGUUAGGCAAUAAUCAGGAACAAGAAUCCGACAUUGCACGCGCCUUCGACAUUUUCGACCGAGGUAAAAGAGGCCUCUACAACCGAACAACCUGUCUACCGGAUGGUCUAAUUUCACCUGAUGAAUUACGAGCCUUUUUGUCAACCCUUACCGAUGAAUAUCGUGUUGAUCUUUGUGUUUUUCUGGCUGAUAUAGAUGGAUCUAGCCUAAUCAACUUGCCUGAAUUUACUCGAAUGGUCAAAUCGGGAUUGGCAAGAGAUAUUAUCUACGAAUGCGUCUAA